AUUCUGACUGCAGCAGAGCAAAGUUUUCAGAACACCCGGCAUUUGGCAGAGGAAAGAUCUCUUGAGCUUUGUGAAGUAAGGAAUUAUUGCAUAGUCACGCUUAAAUUCUGGCAAAAGUGCUUUGAUGUUGAAGAUGGAUCAUACAAACAUGACCCAAACCAUGUUGACUGCUGAACCUCAGACUCCGGAGAAGAACAACAGCAGUGGCAAUGAGUACUUUUACAUUCUGAUUGUCAUGUCGUUCUAUGGGAUCUUCUUAAUGGGAAUAAUGCUGGGCUACAUGAAAUCCAAGAGGAAAGAAAAGAAAUCCACUUUGCUUCUGCUCUACAAAGAUGAGGAAAGGCAUUGGGGAGAAGCCAUGAAACCUCUGCCAACCAUGUCAGGACUGAGGUCCAUCCAGAUCCCCAUGAUGCUAAAUGUGCUGCAAGAGAAUAUGGUACCAUCUCUGUCAUGUGCUGUCUGCUCCAUGGAGGGAAGCAGUGUGAGUUCGGAGUCUUCCUCACCAGAUAUUCACUUCACCAUUCAAGAGGAAGUGCUGGAUGCUGAGCUGGGGGAAGUAUCAGAAGCCCUUCUCAAUGAGAGCAGUGAAGGGUCUUCAGAAAACAUCCACAAAAAUUCCUAGCACUUGCAGGCCUUUGAAAAGCAGCCCCAUCAGCUAGCAAAAGAGUGAGUGGAACUAAUGUUAAGACCUUGCAGUUUUACUUUCCUGCUCUCAAUUCUCAACAGGUAGCUGUGCUCCAGAACCUAAUAUGUUCUUGAAAGCUGGCAAGAUGAGGAAUCAAAUACACAAACAUCAAAGUGAAACUUAAAAAUUAGUUUUUUUUAAAACUAAUUAGAAAAUUGAAUGCUGUUUUUUUACUGUAAGUGCUACAAACAUAGAGAAUAUUUUUCUCAGUAGAUAACUAUUACUGAUAUUACUCUGCAUAUUUCAGAAUUCUGCAAAUAUCUGGGAAAUGUUGAGAGUAGUUAUCCAAGUGUAAGUGACUAGUUUUGAAUCAUUGUUAAUGUCUAUUCUCAGAGAUAUUUGAUCUACUAGAAAUGUUUUUACUGUUUCCUUCUAUCAAGCCACAGACCACUGAAGUUUUACUUGAAGAUGCCUGAGACUUCACGUGACCAAUUAGAAAUCUGCAUUUAGCAAUAUAAAUUUGAUUGCAAAAGUCAGAGAUCUUUCAGUGCAAAACACAUUAAAAGAUCUUUGCUACAAACUAUAAGAGCUAAAAAUGCCAGUUCUGCUCUGUUGCACUGAAUUGAAAUAAAUGGUCUUUCAUGGGUAUAACUCAGAGCAGAAUUUUAACUAUUAAAGGUGGAACCUUGGCCCCACUGAAGUCAAUGGCUAUACUCCCACUGACUUCAAGGGGACCAGGAUUUUACCCUAAGCAUUCAGAGCAAAAUUCUUCAUUGAAGUCAAUGAAGUUGUGCCCAUUUACACCAUCAAGAAUUUGACCCUUCUUCUACUGAAACCAAUGUAGAUAAACAUCAGGUUGAAUUUUUUGUCUGUUCCUGUGAUCAGUAAUUUUUUUAAACCACUGUUAUAACACUUUUCCUCAUUGAAUGACACUGUGGUUUUACAAAUGCAUUACCUACUAAAUUACUUCAUUUUUUUAAAUAAGCAAAGGUUAAUAUUGAAUCAAAGUAUGAUUAUUUCAAUCAUGCAUGAAAUUUUAUUUUAAAAUUAUGUGUAGAUUAGUUCUUACGCAUGAGAGCAAAGAACUAAAAUCUUAAAGCAUUGCACAGGAAUAUGCUUAUAAAAUGUCCCUGCAUAUUUCCUGAGUUAAAAUAACUCUGUGAUUUAUCCAUUGGCAUUAGAGCUUGAGACAGUUUGAAAAACAUGAACACAACAGCAGAAAUUAACUGAGGCAAAAGUCCUCUGUACUUCUUCCGUUUAGCAAUGGGAGCUCUGUUUUCACUUUGAAGGGUUAAUAUAAUGUGAGAGGCUAUACAGACAUAUCACUUCAGCCUUCUUAUACAGCAGGGGAUAUUUGUGGUUGGAAAAAGCUCUAUUGGUCACUAGGGGCCUGAUCCAAAACCUCUUGAAGUCAGUGAUUUUCUUUCCAUUGACUUCAGUGAGCUUUAGAUCAGACCAUAUAAAGCUUUCGAUAGAUUUACUCCAAAGGGGGCUGUUUAAGUUUGAAAGAAGCCAAAUUAAGUUUGGCACUUUGCCUGGAAUCACUUGAAUCCUGAAACUUUCCAACUGAGACUGACAUGUGAGUUGUCACAUUUUCCAUUGCUUUCUCCUCCAUUCUUUUAUUUUAGUUUAAAUGUAUUUGUAUCUGUAAAAAUGGUGUAUAUACUGAGUUGUAUAUAAUUGUCUUAUGUAUUUAUAGUUUAUUGUUUUUAUUGGCACUAAUUUUUAUUUAAAUAAAAAACCACCU